UUGUGAGUCCGUUUGUUCGAUCUGUCCCACGUUCGGGGAAAUUUUGUGGAUUCGCGAGGUGAUUUUCAGAUUUCACGAAAAAUGAUAGAUCUGAGGGGUGAUAAUGUCAACAGGGAUGGUCCAGUGUCGAGAAAAGGCAAUGAUGAUCUCAAUAUUCCAGUAACUUCACAACAAGGAUUGACUCCCCUCAGUCCCUACCUGAACUUCGACCCGUCAUAUUUGCCCAGUAGUCAACCCGAGUUCAUAUUUCCUGAGGGAGCUGUCAAACAAAGAGGGAGAUUCGAGCUUGCGUUCAGUCAAAUUGGAGCUGCGUGUAUACUUGGUGCUGGAUUCGGGGGUGCAACUGGAUUCUACAGGGGACUCAAGGCCACAACACUUGCCGGACAAACUGGAAAACUUAGGAGAACCCAAUUAAUUAAUCAUGUGAUGAAGAAUGGUGCAUCGGCGGCGAAUACCUUGGGAGUAGUAACGGUUAUGUACAGUGGAUUUGGAGUUCUUCUCCAAUGGGCAAGAGGCACUGACGAUUCCAUUAACACUCUCACCGCUGCAUCUGCCACAGGAAUGUUGUUCAAAUCAACAUCUGGAAUUCGAAAAUGUGCGAUUGGCGGUGGUGUUGGACUAGGUCUAGCUGCGCUAUAUUGCCUGUGGAACAGUCGAGAAGCGCUAUCGGACCUGAGGCAUCACAGCAUGAACCCAGCGUAAGAUAUCCAAGUGACAACCUCACCUUUUCACCACCUCCGGACUAGCAACAAAUUCUCCACCUCUGUAAAUAGUAAAUUACACGAAAAUGACAAUUACGGAAUCAACUAAUGCUACACUGCUGUACGGUGUAAUUAAUGUAUUAUCAAGAAGAAAAUCUGAACAAAGGAAUAAAUUGUAAAUUGUAGUCAUACCAAAUCCCGAACAUAAUUGAUCCUCCUCUGUCAGAUUAAAUAAAUUUUAUUUAUCUACGUCGUCUAUGACACAUGAA